AUGAGCUACGAAAGAGUAAAAGAGAAUGUGCUCGAGGAUUUGGAUGAUGAAAGCCAAUCCACGAGCAAUGUAACAAAUGAAUCUGCUAGUGAAAGUACUCCAGCUCCUCCGGCAACUUUUAUUGAUCCACAUGAUUUUGGUCCUUCUACUGUUUUUUACAAGAAAAUUGCGAAAAGACCAACAGUUUCUGAUCUACGCGCUAGAUCCGAUAACUGCCAUAUUCAGAAAGAGCCUCCUGUCGAUGAAACUCAGAAAACAAUGAAUGCUUUCACAGGCGUAUUUUUACCUACAUUCAUCAAUCUAAUGGGUAUGACAUAUUGGACACGUGCAGGUAAAUUGGUUGGUGAUUGCGGCGUUGUUUACUCUUUAGCAAUUAUUUGGCUUUCCUGCGUUAUUUCAAUUAUCCUUAUUACUUCAUUAAACGCAAUGGGCACGAAUGGUGAGAUUGAUGGCAGUGGUAUCCAUUAUGUAAUUUCGAGAACAAUUGGACCUGACCUUGGCCGAUGCUUUACGAUAUUCUUAGAUCUUUCAACAUGUUUAGGUGCUGCUUCAGCUAUUAUUGGUUACUCCGAAUCAAUCAUUUCUAUGUAUGAACCUAAAUUUUUCACAAAGAGCGAAAGAAACGAUAUUCGUGUUAUAGCCAUGUCUAUUAUGCUCAUAUCAGUUCCUUUAGCACGAUUCUUCCCAUAUUCGUUAAGGUUUACUACAACAACACACUUAAUUGGUAUUUUUGGCUUCAUUCUUGGCUGUUUCGUCAGAAAGACAGGAUCCACAGAAGGAUUCAACAGACCAAACUUCACCACAUUCAAAAGUAACACAUGGUCUCACUCAGAAAUGACAGUUUUGAAAUUUAUGUCAUACAUUUACACGGUUACACCAGGUUUUACAGCACUUACAGGUGGUUUCGCGUAUACAGGAAGGCUGAAACGCCCACAAAAGAUGAUUCCAAAGGGUCUUUGGUGGGCAUUUGGAUUAUCAGUUAUUUUCUGGCACGUAACCAUCCUUUUAAUUGGUUUCUGUGGUGAAAGAUCAUUCCUUAUUGCAGAUGACGUCUCUCCAAUCCUUUCUUUCAACAUUAAUAAGUGGGUUUGUUUCGUAACUUUGACAGUUUUCGGUUUCCACCGUUCCAUCGCCAUGAUUGGCUACGAGAGAGGCUUAGUCGCUGAUUUGGCAACAGAUCAGUUGCUUCCUCCGAUCAGAUAUAAAUAUGAUCUCUGGAUUCCACUUGCUGUUACAGCAACGUUCGUCGGAAUCGGUAACCUGGACUUUGCAGCCAAUAUUAAUACGAUUUUCUUCCUCAGUUUGUCACUUAUUAUUAAUUAUUGCGUAUUUACUGCUUCAAGGUCACAUAUUCCAGGCUGGCGUCCUAAGAACAAGAUGUGGAGUCCAUGGCUCAGCUUAUUCGGCUCAAUUGUAACUCUGAUUUUGCAAAUUUUAAUUUCAUGGGCUUCCUCAAUAAUUAACUGGAUUCUUUUGGCCGCAAUAUACUCAAUCUCAUACUUCAAAGGAUCCACGCAGAAUUGGGGCUCAGUUAUGCAAGCGCAGGCUUGGUACAAAACUUAUACAGAUGCGCUCAGUACUCAGAGGAUUAACGACAACCCGAAGUUGUUUAGAAUUAAUUUGCUAACCAUUGUCAAAGAAGACGAGAAAUUCGAGACACAAAUUCUUCCAUUCAUCAAAACUUUGUUGCAUCACGAAGCUUUCUGUAUUAUCUCGCAGUGUAUGGAUGACCAUAAAGGUUUGGACUUGGCUGUAGAGCGCAGAAAGAAUUUGGAAGUUUAUUAUGCAAACCAACAUAAUAUCUUUUUCGAAACUGUACUUGCAACAGGUCCAAGGAACGCCUUGAUGAAGCAGAUGCUACUUUCCGGCGUAGGAGCCUUCAGACCGAACACAGUUUUCAUAAAUAUCGACGAACGUACUGCAGAUGAAGUUCAUGACAUGGUCGUUGAUGUUUUGAAGGCUAAUUUCGGUUUAAUACUCACCGCAAGGCCCUACAACAUAUUCCACGAGUCAUCUUUCGUUGAUGUUUAUUGGUUAGCCGAUGAUGGCGGUUUGACACUUUUAGUUGGAUUUUUGAUGGCAAAUUAUUUGAAGAAGAAAUUGCGUGUAUUGACAAUUGCUUACAAAGCUAAUGGCGAUACCGCUGAAAAAUCCAAGGAAAGAAUGUCAAGAUUAUGCGAAAGGUUCAGAAUCAACGCAGAAGUCAUUGGCAUCGAGAUUGAUGAGAAUUCCAGUACUCCUAGCACUGUCAACAAGAAUUACUGGGAACAUUUGACAAGAAAGUUCCCAUAUGAUCCAGUUUUCAAGAGAUUUAUCUUGUUCGCAGAUGUUAUAAGGGAAUACUCAAACAAAGCUGCUUUGAUCAUCUGUACUUUGUUCAUUCCUCCAACAGAUAUGUCUAAUAUUAUGUACUUAGACUUGCUGAAGCUUAUUUCUCACAUUCCAACAAGUUUCGCUUUCGUAAGAGGAAAUGGACACAGCGUUCUUUCUUGGAAAGUUUAA